CAAACGUCAGCCACAAACCGGAUUUAAAUCAAAACAAACCAAACAACAAAAAAGGCUAUUUCGCCGCAGUGCUUAAUUAUUUCUAAACCAUCAAACUAGCAUUAGACACCCACCAUGUGGCCACUGAUUAUGCAAUUCAUGCGGUCCAACGCUGCCUACAUCACGCUUCCGAUAGCCACAUUAGUUGGCGUGAUAGGGUACAACAUCGAGAGUCUCCUUUCGGACAAAUAUACUCCAUACAGUCCUUCCAUCCAGGAGAAACGAGCAGAACGAAUUACGGACGACGAGAGGCUGAAAGCGGCGACCGAUGUGGAAAAGCUAGUCUACAAAGAGAAUGUACUUGGGCGAAACCUUUCGCCAUCGCUGGAGAAAGGAAAGUAGAAUUAGAAAGAGCAGCUUGUUAAGUUUGUAGUCGUGCGAAGAGCAUAUGCAAUAAACCAGAGCGUCCAUAACCUAA